ACUUCACCAUUCAAAUUUUCAAGGUUUUCAAAAUUUCACAAUUCUAUUUCCAAGAUAACUCAAUGUACGUAUUACUUAUAAAAUAUGGAAGAUAAUAUUUCGAAACUUCCAGAAGGUUGGAUUAAAGUGAAAUCAAAAAGUCGACCUGACAAGGAAUAUUUUCAUAAUAAAUCACUGAAUUUGUCACUUUGGAGAAUUGAAGAUUUGAGUAAAUUCAUUGAUACAAAAUCAAAACAAAUGCCAACAAAAAGUAUUUCACCGAAAAAAUCAUCUUCCAUUUCAAAUGCAUCAAAGAGUAUCAAAAAAGACAAUAUAAGGAAAGUAAAUGGUGCGAAGGAUCGAAUGACAAAGUUGAAAGUUGCCAUAAAUGAAGAACGUGGCAACCUAAACAUCACCAAGCCAUAUAAACCAAGCUCUCCUAAGAAGAAUCCUGAAGGCAAAAAAUUGAAAAACAAAAAUAUUGCUUUAAAAAGAAUCACUGAAUUGAGUGAGAAGUUGAAAAAAGAAGUCGAGGAAGCAGAUACAACAAAUCAUACCUCAACAGUAGUAACAGAGAUAAAUAAUGAUAACAAAGAUAAAAGCUCAGAUGAAAUGAUGGAUGUUUCUUAUGAGAUGCCAUCUGAUUAUGAACCAAUGGAAUGGGAGACAAUUCCGGAACAUGAAGUCAUCAAUGAAGUGCAGAAAAUUCGAACAAUUGCCAUCACACAUGAAGAACGAAAUCGUCACGUAUCAACGUCAAGAAAUGCAAAGAACUUAGAUAAUCUCUUCCACAUUGUUGUUGAUACAAAUGUAUUAUUAUCCAAUCUUGAUUAUGUCAAGUUGAUAAAAGGAAAAAUGUUCAAAGAUAUUGGCAGAGCUAUAAUUUUUCUACCUUACAUCGUAUUAUGUGAACUCGAUAAAUUAAAAACCCAUGAAGAUAAUGUUGCUAAGCUCGCUCGACGAAGUAUUUCAUUUAUUGAUGAUUCAUUCUCGUCGAAAGAUCAUUUCAUUCAUGGACAAAGUGCCAUUGAAAGUAUGGAAAAACAACUGAUUCCAAUCGAUUGUGGAGAUGAUGAAAUUUUGAAUUCUUGUCUUCAUAUUCAAGGGAGAACCAAAAAAUUAAUUCUUCUCACAAAUGAUAAGAAUCUUAGAAACAAAGCCUUUGUCAAUAAUAUUGAGUCAUUUUCUAAAGAGAUGUUGAAUUUUACCGACUUUAAUAUUAAAAAUGAUAUAAAGUUUGAUUGAUAUUUUCUUAAAAUUUCAAUAAGGCUGUGAAUUACAAGGAACUUUAUAAAGAUAAAUGCCUAAAUAAAAACAUGAAUAUUUUCUUAUACUGAA